GCGCGCGUGCGCCCCUGCUGCUAUCUGAGUGCGACCGGUAUUUUGUCGUUUCCCUCUCAACACCGCGAGUGUGGAUCUUGGGCGAAGUGGUGAGAGAGCGGUUUCUCGCGUGGCGCGCAGCGGUCGUAGCGGUCGCAGCCCUCUCGGCCCCCCGCAGCGCAUCGGAAAGACGCGCGGCGCGGUUGCACUCUCGCGCAGCGUAGCGGAAAGUCGGUCGGCGCUUGCGAAGCUCCAGGCGUUCAGCUACCGCUGGGCGAGGGGAACUUAAGGGGAGAAAAAAAAGGAAAAAAAAAAAGGAAAAGAAAAGGAAAAGAAAGGGGAAAAAAAGGAAAAAAAAAGGAAAAAAAAAGGAAAGAAAGGGAAAAAAAGGAAAAAAAAGCGGAAAAAAAGGGAAAAAAAGAUUUAAAAAUGGUGAAGGCGGAAGAAAUAUUUGAAGCUGCGGAGAGCGGCGAUCUGAACUUUUUUAGUGGACUUUCCAUCCCCGAUUUGCGGAAAACUCGAGACCUGCGCAACGACGACGGAAGAACGGUUUUCCACGUGGCGGCCUCAGCUGGAAGUAUCCCGAUUGUGCGGCUUCUUGGUCAUGACGAAGACGGUGGAGAGGUGGUAGCGGAUGUCAACGCGUCAGACGAUGAGGGAUGGGCUCCGCUUCAUUCUGCAAGCAGCAGCGGCCACGUGGAGGUCGUUUGUUUCCUGCUCGAUAAUGGGGCGAAAGUGAAUCAGCAGAAUUCUGGGGGAAGGACUGCUCUUCAUUACGCGGCCAGCAAGGGCAGAGCUGUCAUUGCGCGCCGAUUGUUGCAAGCAGGCGCCAGAGUCGAUCGCAAGGACUCGGUUGGUGCGACUGCUCUUCAUCGGGCAGCAAGCACGGGACACGAGGAAGUGGUUGAAGUGCUAUUAGAAAUGGGGGCAACGGUGGAUGCUACGGACAUGAGUGGGCAGACGCCAUUGAUGGUAGCUGCAAGCUGCAGUCAUGAGCAGGUUGCUCUUCUGCUAGUGAGGCAUGGUGCGGAUAUUCAUGCCAAGGACAAGGAAGAGAACACGCCGUUGUCUCUUUCGAGCAAGGAACUGCGAGCGGCGCUCCUAAGCGCUUCUGAUGCCAUGCAAGAAGGCUGAAAGUCUCAAGUUCCACCAGUCCCACCAGUUCCACCAGUUCCACAAGCUCCACAAGUUCCACGAGUUACCACAAGUUCCACUGUGUCCCGUCCACAUUUGUUUCCCUUCUUCUCCUUCUCUGCCCUUUUCCCCUUUAUUUUUUUUUCAAAACUUCUGCUGGUACCCCCUUCUUCUUCUUCUUCUUCUUCUUCUUCUUCUUCUUCUUCUUCUUCUUCUUCCCGACAGACGGACACGGCUGCUGCGUUGCCAUA